AUGAGUGAUAAUGGUUCCCCCGCGGUUCUUCCAAAAACCGAAUUUAAUAAAUACAAAAUCGGCAAAGUGAAGAGUACACCAGCCAUCCAGCGAGAUGCGAAGACUAACUUAACAUACAUCAAACUAAGAAAAAGAAGUAGUGAGAAAGUUUACGGGUGUACAGUUUUCCAGAAUCAUUAUCGUGAGGAUGAAAAAUUAGGACAAGGAACAUUUGGUGAGGUUUAUAAGGGAAUUCAUUUAGAGACUCAAAGACAAGUGGCAAUGAAAAAAAUUAUAGUUAGCGUUGAAAAAGAUCUGUUUCCUAUAACUGCACAACGAGAAAUUACUAUUUUAAAGCGUUUAAACCACAAAAAUAUUAUUAAACUAAUCGAAAUGGUGUAUGACCAUUCACCGGAUAUUACAAAUGCGGCAUCCAGCAACCUACAUAAGUCAUUCUACAUGAUCCUGCCGUAUAUGGUAGCAGAUCUGUCGGGCGUUUUGCAUAAUCCGAGAAUCAACUUAGAGAUGUGCGAUAUAAAGAAUAUGAUGCUACAAAUAUUAGAAGGCCUAAAUUAUAUUCAUUGUGCAAAAUUCAUGCAUAGGGAUAUAAAGACAGCAAAUAUUUUGAUUGACCACAACGGUGUUUUAAAGCUUGCUGAUUUUGGUUUAGCAAGAUUAUAUUAUGGCUGUCCUCCAAACUUAAAGUAUCCUGGUGGUGCAGGUUCCGGCGCCAAAUAUACAUCAGUAGUCGUAACGAGAUGGUAUAGAGCACCUGAGUUGGUGCUUGGUGAUAAACAGUAUACAACAGCUGUUGAUAUAUGGGGUGUCGGAUGCGUUUUCGCAGAAUUUUUUGAGAAAAAACCUAUUUUACAGGGAAAAACGGAUAUUGAUCAGGGACAUGUUAUUUUCAAACUACUUGGUACACCGACAGAAGAAGAUUGGGCCGUGGCUAGAUAUUUGCCAGGUGCUGAACUAACAACAACUAAUUACAAGCCAACGUUGAGGGAAAGAUUUGGUAAAUAUCUAAGUGAAACAGGUCUAGAUUUUUUAGGACAGUUGUUAGCGUUAGAUCCUUACAAGAGGUUGACCGCUAUGUCUGCUAAACACCAUCCUUGGUUUAAAGAGGACCCUUUACCAUCAGAGAAGAUAACAUUACCGACGGAAGAAAGUCAUGAAGCUGAUAUUAAGAGGUACAAGGAAGAAAUGCACCAAUCAUUGUCCCAAAGAGUACCUACUGCGCCAAGAGGUCAUAUAGUUGAAAAGGGUGAAUCACCUGUCGUGAAAAAUCUUGGGGCGAUCCCAAGAGGCCCCAAGAAAGAUGACGCAAGUUUUUUGCCUCCAUCAAAGAACGUAUUGGCUAAGCCGCCUCCUUCGAAAAUAAGAGAACUACAUCAAAAUCCUAGACCGUAUCAUGUGAACAGCGGAUAUGCUAAAACUGCGAUUCCACCGCCAGCAGCCCCUGCAGGAGUUAAUAGAUACGGACCCAACAAUAGUUCCAGAAAUAAUCGCUUCAGCGGCAACAGCACUGCACCCAACAACAGCAGGAAUCCCGUAAAUCGAUUUCAUCCUGAGACAAAUGUCAGCUCUAAAUAUAAUAAAGUACCUUUGCCAUUGGGGCCUCAGUCAAGAUACCAGGGUAAUUCAAAUGAGUCCCGGUACAAAAACUCGCCAAAUGACUCUAGAUAUCAUAACCCUAGGUACGUGAACAAGCCGGAAACCAACUUCAAUAGGCAACCACAGAAAUAUAGUCGCCAAGAAUCCAAUGCGCCAAUCAAUAAAAAUUAUAAUCCUUCAAACGGUUCUCGCAAUAUGGCUGGUGAUCAUCAUCAAGGCUCGAGACCUUCUCAUCCACAAUUCCCAAUCUCGCCCUCACAGGGGCAGCAUCAGCUUACGAGUAAACCAAUAGAGAAAAAAAAUGGAAGCUUUAAGGAUGAAAGAGCGAAACCAGAUGAGUCUAAGGAGUUCCAAAAUAGUGAUAUUGCAGAUCUAUAUUAG